CGCGUGGCUGAGAGAGUUUUCCGACCUUAAAGCGCUCGCACCUCCCCGCCUGCUUUACACCGGAGAAGCAGUGCAAUCCUCGGCAGUGUUCUGAGACUGCACUUUACUACUCCGACACCUCAUCGGAAAUUAUUUAGAAUCCAGAGCAUGGACAUUUCAUCAAAAUAAAUAAAUAAACGACAGCGCUGGAGUUGGAUACUGACCAUACUUUUACGCAUCAAACUUUUCUACCCAAGAGUUUUAUGAACUGCACUAUUUUAGGGUCGGGAAUUAAUCAUGGCUUCUGAAAAAGACAAGAAGAGGCAUCCUUCAGAACGGAGAAAAGAGAAAUCGCGAGAUGCAGCGCGGUGCAGGAGGAGUAAGGAGACGGAGGUGUUCUAUGAGCUGGCACAUCAGCUGCCUCUGCCUCACAGCAUCCGCUCACACCUGGACAAAGCAUCCAUCAUGAGGCUAACCAUUAGCUUCCUGCGCACACGCAAACUGCUCACAUCAGCAUGCUUUAGCAGACAGGUGAAGGAGGAUACACCGAUGGACACUCUGUAUUUGAAGGCUCUGCAAGGUUUUGUUGCUGUGGUGACAUCAGAAGGUGACAUGAUCUUCCUCUCCGAGAACAUCACUAAGUUCAUGGGUCUCACUCAGGUGGAAUUAACAGGACAAAGCAUUUUUGAUUUCACACACCCCUGCGAUCAUGAGGAAAUCAGAGAAAACCUCACUGUCAAAGCAGGGCCAGCAUAUGACAGAAGAUAUAAAGAGCUAAAAACAGAGAGAGAUUUCUUUAUGAGGAUGAAGUGCACAGUCACCAACAGAGGACGCACAGUCAACCUUAAAUCAGCUGGCUGGAAGGUGCUACACUGCACAGGGCAUUUAAAGGUAUACCCCAGCCGGCCACCUCAUGUUUUGUGUGGGUUUGCUGAGCCCCCGCUAACUUGCCUGGUAGUGCUGUGUGAGCCCAUUCCUCAUCCGUCCACUGUGGAUACACCAAUCGAUGGCAAGACCUUCAUGAGCCGACACAGCAUGGAUUUGAAGUUCACCUACUGUGAUGAGAGUGUGAGAAAUUUAAUGGGGUACACAUCAGUGGACUUAGUGGGGCGCUCUGUCUAUGACUUCUACCAUGCACUGGAUGUGGACAACAUGACUAAGGGCCACCAGAACUUGUGUGCUAAGGGCCAGGUGGUGAGUGGUCACUAUCGGAUGUUGGCUAAGCAUGGUGGUUACGUAUGGUUGGAGACACACAGCACGGUCAUCUAUAACAGCCGUAACUCUCAGCCACAAUGCAUCGUGUGCAUUAACUACGUCUUAAGUGGCAUUGAAGAGAAAUCCAUUGUGCUCUCCAUGGACCAAAUGGAGUCAUUUUUCAAACACCAAGACAUGCUGGCCACCAGUGAACUCUUCUGCCCAACCUCAGAAACAUUUACCAAACUCAAGGAAGAACCUGAAGAGAUCCCACAGCUUGUGCCAACACCGGGAGAAGCAAUCAUUGCCCUGGACUUUGGAAGUCCAGAUUUUGAAGCUUCUGCUACUUUCUACAAAUCUCCAAGUCAUGUUUCAGUUAAUAAGCAGUGGGAAAUGGAGUCUCCACACCAUAGAUCUGACAGCAAGCCGGCCAAAGCUUCAUCCAGUACAAAUUCAACCCCGAGCAACAGCAGCAGCUCCACUCCUGAUAAUGCAGCAGGAGGUUACUAUGGUGGUGAAGAGACUGAGCUGAAGGUUGAGUUGACAGAACGGCUUUUUGCUCGGGACACUGACAAUGAACAGUGGGACUUUAGUGAACUGGACCUGGAGACUUUGGCUCCUUACAUCCCCAUGGAUGGUGAGGACUUCCAGCUCAACCCCAUUGCUCAGGAUGAAUCCUUAUCGGAGUCCAGCUCAAGCCAUUGUGCUCAGCCUCUGUAUUCAUUCAGCAAUGUUACGAGUUUCUUCCAGCCUUUGGCUCCCCUCACCUCAGAACACAAGAACUGCCCAAGACCUUACCCGGAGAUACCACUUGUUCCUCCUUACCAGGCUCCUCCAAAUAUCCCACACUCAUCCAGAGCAGCCAUGUGCCUUGAACAGAUUACACUGGAUAACAGCUUGAAGCGCAAGAGACAGGAUGAAUUUAGUUUUUCCUGCUCGUUUCCAGAUAUUCCUCAAUCUAUUAAACAGGAUGGAAUAAGUCGCAGUGAGUCAGUAGACAACAUGUGGAAGCGAAUGAAGACUGCAAACACAGAUGGGUGUGCCUUUUCUACCAGGAAAUCCCCUGAUCCCAGAGACCUCUUCUCAGCUAGGCAAGUAGGCAAGCAUUCUCAACCUCUCCGUUGUCGGCCUCCUCCAGAUCCCCGGAUCUCUGGAGAGCUCAAACAGCCUUUUAUUGAGCGCUUCUGCUCUUCAGCAUACAGUCAGAACAGCAUGCCACCUUUCAGUAAACUCACAGGGAUUACAAAUCGAUUGCUAGUCCCCUCCUUUGGCCCAUACUGCCUGGCGGAGCUGACGCAGUAUGACUGUGAUGUGAACGUUCCGCUGCAAGGAAAUCUUCACCUGCUGCAUGGCAACGAUUUGCUCAAAGCUUUGGACCAGUCCACGUAGACUGAAAUAUUUAAGUUAAACCCAGUUUGGGGGUCUCUGUUUAUUUUAUGCCUACUACAGCCAUGCCAUUAUUUAAUGGUUGCCUUUUCAGUCACAUAUACGUACAAUGUUAGAAUAGAAUAUUCAAUAUGCAUAUCUGUUUCAGCUUCAAACUAUACAGUAAAUAUGAGCUUUUUGAAAUGGAUAUUUUAUCGAUUGAGUUGUUUCUACCUUAUAAGCUGUUAAUACCGGUUAAUAAUGUGUAACUUUACCUGCUUUUGUUUUGGUGUUGCAGUUUCUGCCCACAUUCAGACCUAUUAUUCUGAGAGUAAUUUGUUUAAGAUGGAAUAGCUGAAUAUUGGUAUGACUAGUGCAAUUUUCUCGUUUCACUUUUAGAUAGGAAACAUAUUUUAUUAGAUGGUCUCAAGUCAGAUUUAAUGUAGUUGUUUGAGUAACUAAAACAUUUUUGUUAAAAAAAAAAUGGAAAUAUUCCAUCUGCAAAAAAUGUUUGGAAAUUCCAACCAUGAAUGUGUGUUGCAAUUUAGAUCAUUUGUAAAAUAGACUUUUAUUUCUUUUUUGUUUCAUUCGCUCUUUCCCAACCUACCUAAUCAACUGCGAUGCUGUAUGUUGCAUAUCUCUUCUCUACAUCAUGUGAAGCACUUUAUUUAAAGAGCAUUAAUAUGGACCCUUAUUUGUUCAUCGACCAAAUACAAGAGAACGCUAUAUUAGUUUUGCAAGUGGUGCUUAGCUUUCAGUUCUUAGCAUUUCUUGACUACAUCCCACUUUAACCUGCACCAACCAUUAUCUUUCUAAUCCUUCCCACCAGCAUCAGCAACAAGAUAUUCUCAGAUAUAAACAGUUAAAAAUUAAUGUUACAUAUUCUUUUAUUUAUAUAUAUAUAUAUAUAUAUAUAUAUAUAUAUAUAUAUAUAUAUAUAUAUAUAUAUAUAUAUAUAUAUAUAUAUAUAUAUAUAUAAAUGUGUGUGUGUGUGCAGUGUCUGAUCAGUGCUGAUCGGUACCUAGGUACCUUAUCUUGUGUACUCUAGUACAAACUGUAGAUUUAUUUUUGCAUUCUUUAUGCCGUUUAAAGUUAAAUGUAUUUUUUUUUCCAGCUCAGCUACUGUACAUAACCUCUGUUAAUACUGUGGAGUUCUUAUAUCUUUCAUUAAUUUACAUCUAAAAGGUUUUCUGUAAGUAAAGUUGAGAAACAUUUGGUGCACCAAACAGUGGCAUAUAGUAAUAAUACUAGUUUAUUUUUAUCUGUUCUACUCAAACUAUGUAGCAGUUCGAAAGUAUUCAAGAUUCAUCAUGAAAUAUAAUUGAACGUCUAUUUAACACAUGGCCUUGUAUGCUAUAUUAACUCAUGCACAUUUUAAUGAUGAUCCAUUGUACCUGGUCAGUAUUUAUUUUUCUAAUGAUCCUCAUAUUUCUGAGAAAGCCUUGUUUAAAUGUUGCUGAUAAUGAUGUCAUAGUAAUGCCUUUCAUGCAAAUAUUAAUCUCCCAGAUAUAAACACUGUAACACAAAAAGUACACACCAUAGUCGCUUUCAUCAGUUGACCUUUAGUCAAUUACUGCAUAGCAUUUUCAACAUAAAUGAAUUUAUCAUCAGUUCAUUAAUUUAUUAUAUUAGUGUGUCCAUAACCUGCAUGUUUGCUAUCCAUGCAAUGUAUGACAACUAGCUCUGAGUUUAGGACAAACAGGGUAAAUCAAUUGCAACGUUACAUAACUGUUCUCUGAAGGGAGAUCCACUGCUGUUUUUUUUUUUUUUAGUCUGGAAGUCAGGAAGCGUAAAAUACAGAAAAACUAUUCUAACUUUACAUUAUAUACAAUACAUGAUUGCCUAGAUAUCAAGAUGUUACCUUCUUGUUGUUUCUUUUACUCCAUGUAAAGAAGCACUUUGUUGGGCUCUUUUUUGGUAAUAAAAGAGUAGUCAAUAAAGUCUA